AUGGUGGAAAUGGAAGAAGAUGAAGACCCAAGGAUGAAGAAGGGUUGUUCCCACAGCUCCGAGCUCGCUUCCAAGUGCUCCAAUAGAGAGAAAUCGUGUUUUGGUGCCCAAAGAUAUCGACCCAUUCGCGUAGCAGAUUUUGGACUUGCAAAGCUAGUAGAACGAACCAAUGAUGAAGAAUUCAUAGCAACAAGGCUUGUUGGAACACCGGGCUACCUUCCACCAGAAUCUGUUAAGGAGCUUCAAGUGACUAUAAAAACAGAUGUUUUUGCAUUUGGGGUGGUUCUGUCAGAGUUGAUAACAGGGAAACGUGCACUAUUUCGUGACAACCAACAAGCCAACAAUAUGAAAUCACUUGUUACAGUUGUUAGCCAAAUUUUCAGAAAUAAAUACCCAGAGAAUGCUUUAGCAGACGCCGUAGAUGGGAAUCUUCAGCAUAGCUAUCCCAUGGAAGAUGUCUACAAGAUGGCAGAAGUAGCUCAUUGGUGUUUGUGGGAAGAUCCAAACGACAGGCCUGUGAUGAGGGAGAUAGUUGUGGCAUUGUCAGAGAUUGUUAUGUCAUCCACAGAAUGGGAAGCAUCACUAGGUGGAGACAGCCAAGUCUUCAGCGGGGUUCUUGAUGGAAGAUGAACACCCUUUUCUUACUUCACAAUUCUACACUAAUGCUUCUUCUCUUUCUUGCAUUCAUCAAAUCUCAUGCUGCUACCAUUUUCACUUUAUGCUCUGCUGUAUAUAUUCCUACACAUUUUUAAUACAAGAUUAUAGAAUUAAAUCGUGGAAGCUUCUGACUCAAGUUAUGAAGUCCCACACUUGUCAGAACACUCACAAGGAGUUGCAGCUUAAGAUAUAAAAUCUAAACACUUUUAACUUUCAAAGCAUACCUUUCUCGGCCUUUUGGCUAAGAUCAAGUGUAGUAUCUGUUCUUAUCAGUUUAAUAUCUGAUAUGUGGACUAUUAGUUCACACGAUAUUAAAUUAAAUUUUUGAGGGAGAGAAACAAUGAGUAGCUUGCUGCUUGGUUUCUUAAGCAUCAUCCUUGUUUUGCACUCUUGCAAGGCCUGGUGCAUCCCACCCAAAUUAGUUCAAUUAUUUAUUCUUAUAUCUGGUAGUCUACAUUUAUGUUCUAGCUAAAUGGUUGCUUAUUUGUUCUCCAUCAAAACUUGAUGAGUAAUUAAUGUUCUAUCCUAUUAAUUUUACUGGUUCUUCUUGGUUGUGUGGCUCAGCAUUGGUUUCUUUG